AUGUGCGCCCAGACCGAGGCGGCGGAGGCGCAGGAGGCGGCGGGCGCGCUGGCGCUGCCCCGCGUGGCGUCCACGGCGGCGGCGCGGACCCCGCCUCGGACCGGCGCGGACGAGGACCGCGGGGAGCCGGGCGCGCCGGGGGCCGCACCGGGGCCGCGGCUGCCGGGCCCGGGGCACGAGGGCCGGCGGCGCCCCUCCCGGGCGCGGGCCGCUCCCCGCGGCGCCCGGGCCGCCGAGACAGCGCAGCGCCUGCGGAGGACGCGGCGGCUGAAGGCCAACGGCCGCGAGCGCCGCCGCAUGCACCGCCUGAACGCGGCGCUGGACGCGCUGCGCGCGGCGCUGCCCACGCUGCCCGAGGACGCGCGGCUCACCAAGGUCCAGACGCUGCGCUUCGCGCACAACUACAUCUGGGCGCUCGCCGCCGCGCUGCGCCUGCCCGGCCCGCCGCGCCCCCCGCCCGGCCCGGCCGGCGCCCCCGGCAGCGCGGGGCACAGCCCGUCGCCCGCGUCCACGGGGAGCGGCACCGACAGCCCCGCGCCGCCCGCGGCCGCCUCCCCGGCCCGCUGCGCCCGCUCCCCCGCCAGCCCCGCCGGCGCGGCCCCGGAUGGCUGGCCGCCUCGCCGCCCCGCGGUCGGGGGGUGCGCCUAG